CUAUGGAACGCUCUUUUGACGUACGCCAUUUCAAAACAACACAUGUUUUGAGGAGCGUAUUGCUAUUUAUAUUACAAUAACACGCUGUUCCUCGAAUAAAAUUAUAUCAAAAUGCCGAAGACUAAAAAGAAAUUUAUAGAUCGCAAGAAAGCCGUGACGUUCAACUUGGUGCACCGAUCGCAACGGGAUCCUCUGGCAGCUGAUGAGACAGCCCCGCAACGUGUCUUAGUGCCUGUCAGUGCUAAUAUACCUCAGAAAAAAGAAAAGGACCCAGAAUUAACACCAGAACAAAGAAGAGAAGAACAGAUCAAAUAUGGCAUCUACUUUGAUGAUGAUUACAAUUACUUGCAACAUCUUAAAGAUUCCAGAGAAGUCACGCUCGUUGUACAGCCUAGACCGGUACACAAAAGGAAAGAGAAGACCACAGAAGCCAAUGAGGAUGAAGUACCAGUACCUGUGACAGAGGCUCUCACUCUGCCCAGCUCAGUGUUUGCUUCCGAAGUUGAAGAAGAUGUUGGUCUACUGAAUAAGGCUGCUCCGCAAGGCCUCUGUCUCGACCUAGAUCCAGAAGUGGUGGCAGCUCUGGAUGAUGACUUCGAUUUCGAGGAUCCAGACAACCAACUGGAAGACAACUUUAUUGAUCUGGCUAUGGCUGAAGGCUCUGGUGAUGAGGAAUACGAUGAGGAUGAGGAAGGCGACAGCAUGUCACAAGAUGACAACUCCGACAAGGCAUUCGCAUCAGACCUUGAUUCUGAUGACGACAGUGAUGAGGACGGCAGACCAGCUCGCGGUGGUCGCAUGCGUAACUGGGAGGCGCGCGACAAUGAUGACACCAAGUCCAGAUUCUCCCAGUACUCCAUGUCCUCGAGUGUCAUGCGACGCAACCAGGGACUUACCCUGCUUGAUAACCGGUUUGAAAAGAUGUUCGCUGAGUACGACGACACAGAAGUAGGUGCGUUAGACCUGGAAGAGAUCGAGGGCUUCAUGCCGGAGACACACAACAUGCUGCUGCAAGCUGCUGAGCAUUUCGAGGAGUCGCAGCGGAAAUACCAGCUCGAUAAGGAGAAGGAGAUUGCUAGAAUAAACCGCCUCCAAGAGAUUGAGGAAGAAUCUGAAGAAGAAUUGGUGACAGUUGAGGUGGAUCCCAAAGAGAAGUGGGACUGCGAGACCAUACUGUCAACAUACUCGAACUUGUACAACCAUCCUAAAAUUAUUGAGGAGCCUAAGAAACCCAAAAAAAUCAAGUUAAACGCUCGCGGCAUACCUAAAGACGUGCUCGGUAAGGAUAACAAGCUGACUGUCAAGUCUCUCGCCAAAUUCAACGCUAUGCAGAAAGAGACCGGGUCUUCUGAUGAAGAAGACGAUGGAAAGACCAACGCUGAAACCAUUCUCUCUACUCUUAGUGUUCUUUCUAUACGGCCAAAAGACGAAACUCCAGAAGAAAAGAAAGAAAGGAAACGUCUUCUGAAAGAGUAUAGGAAAGAAAGAAGAGUAGAGAAGAAAGCAAACAAAGAGGCUUUCAAAGAAGAGAAGAAACGGCAGGAGAAGAUCAUGAUGAAUAAUAAGAAUAAUGUUCAAGGAAACAGAAUAUUGUAAUUUGUAGUCGUAUGUGAUAUAAAUAUAUAUUUUAUU